ACACGUAACGAUUGGUUGGCGUUUUGAAAACUUGCGUUUUCGAACGCGGCCAAUUGUAAAUAAAAAUAAAAGGAAUUACAAUUUAAAUUUUCAGUUUUAUUUCCCGCGAUAAUAUCAGAUAUGUGAAUAUUACUUUUAUCGCCCAUAAAAUAUAAGGACUUUUUGCACAUUUUGUUUAUUGCGGCAAGGCUAUUCGAGCAAUAUGGAUAAUGACAAUUUACUAAUACCAGAUCCUACGUCUUUCUUUUGGAAGCAAAACAGAAUAAAGACAUUCAACAAUUGGCCUUUUAAAACAUCCGACAAGUGUAAUGCCAAAAGCAUGGUUACUGCUGGAUUUUAUGUUAUCGGAGACAUUAAUGAGCCAGAUUUAGUUGAAUGUUUUAUUUGUGGCAAACAACUCGAUGGCUGGGAAGCACACGAUGAUCCAUGGGAUGAACAUGUGAAACAUCAAUCAAACUGCUCAUUUGUACAAUUGAAUAAGCAGGACGAAAAAGAAUGGACGGUACAUGAGAUGUAUGAUUUAUAUAAAAAGUAUCAAAUAAAAAAAUAUAUGAAUGAAUUAGAUAAAAAAAUAAUUACAUUGAAAGAUGAAGCUGCAACAUCAAAAACUGAUCUAUUAUCUGCAUAUAAAGUAACGCAAAAAAAUAAAAAAAGCAUUGAUUAGCUAAUAACUGAUUAUACUAAUCUUAUACACAUGAUAUGAUAAAAAUAUCUUUUCCCUUUUACAUACCCCCGUUUCCAAAGUUU